AUGGAAGAUAUUAUUUUGCAUGCCGAAAAGAGUUCCCUCCAAAUAAAAAAGACCAAAUUCAGAAACAAAAUAUCUAAUGUCUGUAAUAAGAAAUGGUUUGAUAAAGAAUGCCGUUUAAAAAGACAUUCAGUUAGGAAACUUGCCAACCAAAAACACCGUGAUCCCCUGAAUAACGAUAUAAGAAACGAAUACCAUUUUGCCCUCAAAAUUUACAAAAACACGUUAAAACGUAAAAAAGAACUUUUUCAUGAAAAAAAACUAGAAGAACUAGAAAGAGUGUCUGAAAAUGACCCAAACUCCUUCUGGAAAGUACUUAAGAACAUGAGUGAUGAACUCGAAGACUUUUCCUUUAAUAAGCCGGAUGUUACAGCCAGCAGUUGGCUAAAUCAUUUUGAAUCUCUGCACACAAAGCACUUAAUAGGCCCUGAACAGAUUAAUAUCUUACAAACGCUUAAAACUCUUGAAAUGGAACCCACAAAUAAUUUACUCGAUGAACCUAUUUCAGAAUACGAAAUUAUCAACGCUGCGAGGAAAUUAAAAAACAACAAAUCCGCGUACUCUGAUAAAAUAAGAAACGAAAUGCUCAAAUACAGUACAAACAUACUGUUACAAGGAUACAAAAAACUUUUUAACCUCAUACUAGAAACUGGUAGCUUCCCAGAUCAAUGGUGUGAAGGUCUGAUUACGCCAAUCUUUAAGUCUGGUGAUAAAACUAACCCCAACAACUACAGAGGAAUUUGUGUGACAAGCUGUUUCAGCAAAUUCUUCUGUAUUAUCCUUAAUGACCGCCUAAGCAAUUUUAGUUACCAACAAAGCUUAAUACAUCCAUCGCAAAUUGGAUUUCAGUCUGGUCACCGAACUGCAGACCAUAUUUUUACUUUGAAAACACUAAUUGACAAACAAGUAGAACAAAACAAAG